UGAAUAAGACCUGGCGAUGCUUUAUUGGUUACGACAUCGUUUCACUAAUAACUAAAAAUGCGGGAUGUUCUUUUUUUAAGGGGCGUGGCCACAACCGCGGUACUAAGCGGGGCCGUAGCAACUACUGUCUCUUAAGGCCCGGAGGAGGUCGAGCCCCCUCACCUUUUCCUGCCCAUUUUCAUUCCCUUCACCUUUUUAGAGACCCGGUCGAACCCUUCAUUUUUUCAAUCUUUACACCAUGUACACUCUCUUGGCCAUCAUCGCGACCGCUCUCCCUCUCGCUUCAUUGACUGGCGCCCAUCAAGGCUCAAGCUGGGCUCGUCAUCGCAAACUGGCUCGCACCGCCACAAACUCAACCAAAACAUACGCAAUUCAAGACUUUUAUCAAGGAGAAGAUUUCUUCAACGAAUGGUACUUCUUCACUGGAGCCGACCCUACCAGUGGAAAUGUUAACUACCAAAGCCAAAGCGACGCACAGAGCAAGGGCCUCGCAUAUGUUAACAGUAGUGAUAACUCAACGGUAUUGCGCGUUGAUUCGUGGAGUUCUGUGCAGUCAGGUGGCAAUCGUGACUCAGUUCGGAUCAGCUCCAUGAAAAACUACACUGGCGGUCUGUUCAUUCUGGAUGCAUCUAACAUGCCCACAGGAUGUGGCACAUGGCCGAGCUUUUGGUCUACUGGCCCAAACUGGCCUUUGGCGGGAGAAAUUGACAUCGUCGAGGGUGUCAACAACCAAGCCACCAAUCAAUAUACUCUUCACAGCGGCAUAGAGACACCGUGUACACUUAGCACCCCCCCUGCAAACAACACCGCGGCAUCGCUCAACAGUACCCUUGUCAACUUUACGGGUCACCUGAUGGGCACCAACUGCUACAGCAACCAAUCAUCUGACGGUGGAUGCGCUAUCGGCGAUACUGAUACUCGCUCUUUCGGAAAUGGCUUUAACGGUGCUCAAGGUGGCGUUUUUGCACUUUUGUGGGAGAACUCCGGCAUGUCCAUGUGGCACUUUGCUCGCUCCGAGAUACCUAGCGAUAUCACUGCUCGUGCGCCUCAGCCCUCGAACUGGAGUACUCCCGUUGGCUACUGGUCGGGUGAGACAUGCAACAUUGGUGAAAGUUUCUACGAACACACUCUGGUAUUCGAUACUACUAUCUGUGGAAACUGGGCCAGUGGUGCUUAUGGAAGCUCUGGCUGCCCUGGUACAUGCUCUGACAUGGUUGCCAACGCCACCAACUUUGCCGAUGCUCAGUGGGUAAUCAACUAUGUUGCUGUGUAUAAUUAAACGUCGACCGCGCACACGUUUCUCAAUUAUCAUGGACGGUUUCAUUAUUCAUUAUAUCAUAGACAACCCUGGGACGGUUUGCUAUACAUAUUUGUUCUGUCGCAUACAGCUGUCGCGCUGGUAUUCUUGUUAUCAUGCUAGUCCAUGUGUACGGAAGAGCAGCAUUGUUUCCACUUUCUAGGCCAUUCGCGAUAGGCCAUUCGCUGUCACGUAGUAAUAUUUUGUGCUUGCUUCAAUGGAAAUAGAAUGUUAUUAUUUUUU